AUCACUAAAUCUGUAGUCUGCUCAGGAGCCUCUGAACACAGUAUCAAACCUGCUCACUGUGACCAGCAGCACAUGUUCUGAUGUCUUCACUGGUUCCAAUGGUCUCACUGGUUCUGGUUUGUGGUGCAGGGUUCCUGCUGGGCCUGGCUCUGCUCAUUUCUCUGUCUGGAGGCUUUGUCCAACGCUGCCGUCGACUCAUCUGUGCUUCAUAUCAUCCAGGGAGAGAGCUGGAGAGGAUACAGUUCCUCCGUAAGCAGAUCCUGAGUCAGAGGAGGGCGGAGGGGGAAGCUCUGAGGAGGUCUGCAAUCCGAAACCUGGCAGAGGAAGAAGGAGGAGGUGAAGGUGGUGGAGGGAGUCGACUAAAAACCAUCCUGCUCAGGUUACCUGGUGGAGCUCACCUGUCUCAUCUACUGGGUCUGUCUUCACCUGUCUCAUGUCUGGCCUGUGAAGAGGUGGUGAGGUCCAAGGACAACAAUAUGGUCGUCUGUCAUGUCACACGUUGUACAGGUUUGUUAUGCUGCGGCUGUGACACCUCCUCGUCCAGAUGUUGGUGUGUGGACUGUGGUGAGGCUCUGUGUGACGACUGUGUGUCGGCUCAUCGUAGAGUCACAGUAACCAGAUCACACCGGAUCCUCAACCAGCCGCCAGGAAAUGUCUCGACUCGUCCCACCAAGUUCUGCAGACUCCACCCGUCUGAGCCGCUCAAACUCUUCUGCCUCACCUGUGUCCAGUACACCUGUAGAGACUGUCAGCUGAUUGCUCACAUGAACCACAGGUAUCUGUUCGUCAGUGACGCUCUGAACCAUACGAAGAAGCAGCUGGUGAACUGGUCUCAGCCAAUCAGAGCGCAGAGAGACACAGCGAAUCAGAGUCUGAAGGACAUGCAGACCAGGCUGCAGCACAUCAAGGAAGGUGAAUCUCAGCUGGAGGCGGAGCUGAAGAAGUCACACGAUAUCUGUGCUCAGCUCCUAAAGAGGAGGAUGGACAAGCUGAUGGAGGAGGUCAAGAGGGAGUUGAAGAGUGAGAGUGACUUGAUUCAGAAGCAGAUGGAGAAACUGAACCAGCUGCAGAAGAAACAGAUUUUUGUGACUGACAGUGCAGAUAGAGCUCAGAACAUCCAGGACCUGCAGAGCCUGUUCAGAUGCUGCAAACAGGUGAAGUAUCAGCUGAAAGAUCUUCAGGAUCAGGUCUUGUCUCCUCCUGAGACCAUGACGCUACUGCAGGUCAUUGUCGACCGCCAGUCUCUGGAAACGCUUUUAAACUUUGGUAAACUUGAAGUUGAGAAGAUUCCCUUCUCUAUCUCACAAAUCUCCAAUCAUAAUCCUCCUCCAACCUCAGACUGUCCUAAACCCUCCAACAUGUUACAGUUGUUGUCCCCUCAGUUGAGUCUUCCUCCCUCUUCCUGCCCAAGCCUCAACCAGCCCACCCUUCCUGUGACAACCAGCUUUGCAGUUACCAACCCUCAGCAUGUCCGACCUCUGUCCUCCUCAACUCUGGAGUCAGGGUCUCCUUUGCAGAGAAACCCAAACCAAACGAUGCUGUUGAAUUACGUCCUGCCAGUUUCUUCUUUAAUCAUUAUGAAGCCUAUCACAUCCAAUUUCUUCAAGUCGACAGAUCAGUCUUCGUCCUGCACAGUCCCCAAACUUGUCCAACCAUCUCUGGUUUCGAAAUCAACAAAUGCUUCAGAUCAGAACCAGCCCUCCUCUGACCUGCUUACCAAACCUCAGAUUGUGCAGCAGGUGCCCUGCAGGCCCCACAGUGUCUCCUCAGUCAUGCCUCAGUUUCCCUUGAUGCUCAGUCAGAAGAAGGCCAACACAUUACCUGCAGAGACCUUACCAACAAACACAUUGAUUAGAAACAUGUUGCCAAAACAACAGAAUCACUUAGGCCUAAAGAGAAACUCUGCGUUGCUUCUGGGUAGAAAGUCCCUCCUAGCAGAGAGCCGUCCCGUGUCCUCUACAGGAAACUCUGGAUCUGUUGGACAGGGACACAAAGUGCUGCCAAAGACAGAUAGAAGCUCUGCACCUCUAGCCCAACUAACUCUCAUGUGUGACACACACGGGAAGAGGUAUGAGAUACCUUUUUCCUCCUUUGUGAAACACCGGCAGAUUCCGGUGGUGAAGGCAGUGGCAGACUCUGCCUGUGAUCACACAGUGCAACAGAUGUCAACAAGGCAGGAAGAGUCUCCUGAAAACAAACCAACCUCUACCCUGUCGGAAGAAACAGAGCCUGCCGAGAGCAAACCAACCUCCACCCUGUGUGAAGAAACUGAAGCUGCCGAAAAUAAUCCAACCUCCACCAUAUCUGAAGAAAACAAACUUGUGGUGAAGAAACCGACCUUCAACAAAUCAACCUUCACCGUAUCUGAGGAAAUGGAACCUGCAAAGAACAGACCAAACUUUAACAAACCAACCUUCAUUGAUUCUGAAAGAACAGAAUCUACAGGGAAAGACAGAACUGCUGAAGGUCUGAGCUCUUUGAUUGGACUGCAAGACUUCUGUCUGAGCCAAUGUCAGCCUAGAGUGUCACUAUUCAGACUGCCAUUGUCCCUGCUCCGAAUUGCAUAUCCAAUGCUCAGUUCCAGUCUCCCUGCAGAGAACAAACACAUCUCUGCCAAAUGUGAAGAAACUGAACCUGCAGGGAAAUUGUCUCCAACUGAAACAACAGACACUGUAGAACCAAGCUUUGAGACUGGACAGCAGGACCUCAGGCAGCCCAAAGUGUCUCUGAGCAGACAACCAUUGACCCUGCUCCCAACUCGACGUUCCCUCCCUGGUUCUCUUGCUAGAAUCGCUGAUGAUGAGGUUUACGUGGAAGAGCUGGAUGAGGACUGUCAGUCCCAUAUCAGUGACAUCUCAGAUGACUUUGGGGAUUUCACAGAACCUCUUUCGUCUCCUGAGUCUCCUGUGACACUAGAGAUAGUUUACUGCUCAGCGUGUGGAUCUGAUCACAGUUCAAUAAUCUGCUCAUCCUGUGGUCGAGGAUACCACCGAGACUGUCAUAUUCCCCCUGUUGGACAUGACCUGUGGACAGAGUGGAACUGUUCACUGUGUCAGGACCUGUCGGACCCCUCAGACCCCUACAUUUCUGAGAGACCAAAGAGUCCUCAGCGGCCCUGUCUCAGUCUCCUGGACCAGAGGAGGUGUGAAAGUCUGCUGCUGCACCUGAAGGUCGAAGGCUGCAGUCGACUCUCUAAGGUCAGUCGUGUUUGGUUUCGUCUGAUGUUGAUGUCAGAGCGUCUCACUCUCCAUCGUCCUCCUGCUUAUCAAACACCUGCAGAAUUCAUCUGUGACGUCUGGAGUCUGUUCAAACAGACCAUGUCCUCACAGGAUGACCUGAUGAAUCUACGUCAGAGUUUUCGGACCAAAUUGAGGGAAACUUUCAGUUCAGAGCUUCGUCCCACAAACAGAGAGAAGUUGGAUUCAAACCAACGUCAUCCAGAGAGCCGUGCCACCAGUGAGUCGCUGCUGAAGAAGACGAGGAAGAGGCUGAGGGAGUUUCUGGACCUGAGGGGAUGCCCAGGACCCAAGAGGACAAAGACAGACAAGGUGGACGUUUAACACAGAAGAAGUCCAAACAAAUGUUACUGAUAUUUAACCUAAAUAAAAGAACAAUCUCCACAAUUGUGGGAACUGAAGUUCAUCUGUGUGAAAACUGUUUCUCCUUCCUCCCAUGGAGCUGCAGACUCUCAGUUCUAAGAGUUCAUUUAUUGAGUAUUGAUUUCAUAGUAAGUGUUAUUGAU